AUGACUGUGUAUUUAUCAAGAAUUGCGUUUAACACCAUUCGGUGCGCGACACCGAAAUGUUUUUUUACGAAGACGGUAGUCGGUUUUAUAAGUCCGAAAACUCGUGUGUUUUUGCCAAAAUAUGAUUUAUUUAGCGUUGCUGGGGUUGGGAUUGUGAGGAAUUAUUCGAAUGAUGCGAUACAGCCGACACUACCGAUAGAAAAUGGCACACUACCGAUUAAAAAGAAGAUUGUUCAUAAGAAGGCUAAUCCUGAAGAGUUGACUCACAAAGAGGGCCAUUACCUCACUAUGGCUUACGCUACAGCUAAUGCGUAUGAUUUGAAAAAUUUAAAAGAAGCCCUGAUCCAACAGAAGCUGUAUGAACCAGGAACGCUAAAAUCAGAUGAGUUGGGAGAUGUGGUGGUGGCUAAUGCAGUGUACAGCGUGGGCACUGAGCCCCGAGAGAUCAUAUUCUUCAGAGAAGGUGGUAUAGUGUUCUGGAACUGCACAGAGUUGGAAGCUCGCAAUGUACUGGAAUUUGUGAGGCCUUUUGAAAUAGACAGUUAUCCGCGAGAUGUGGUGGAGAAAGAAAGAGAGGUCAUGACUUACGUUUAUCAUCCUAAUGUCCGAUCUAAGAAGUCUGGAACUCAAACAGCUGUGAUUACUAAAGGGAGCAGGAAAAAGUGUCAUCUACAAGAGUCAUCAUUUGUGCUGGUGCCAAAGAGAGAUAACUCGUUGGAGAAGUACACAUUCAGUCAUGCGAUGGUGCAGUCGGCGCGGCUGGGCGCCUGGGAGUCCCGGCUGGAGGCGCUGGCCACCGCCGUCAGCUCACACACUGCCGCCAUGCAGCAUGACGGAGCUGCGCAUCUUGAUAAGAAAGAGGUGGUUCGCAAGCUAGGCGAGCUGUUUUCUCUCAGACAUCGGCUAAACGUGGAGUCAGACCUGCUGGACACUCCUGACUUCUACUGGGAGGAGGAGCAGCUCGAGCGACUCUACUCCUCUACUGUCGCAUACUUCACUAUAUCCAGGAGAACUAGGGUGCUAAACGAGCGUCUCUCCCACUGCGUGGAACUCCUGGAACUGUUGUCAUCCUGGGCUGCAGACAGGCAUCACGUCCGAUUGGAGUGGAUGGUGAUCGCUCUGAUUCUUGCCGAGGUCUGUUUCGAAUUGCUUCAUCUCUUCGAAAGGUGGGUCGCCAGAAGCGAAAUCGCAGACAGCUAG